GCUGCAGCGGCAGUCGCCUUUCCUGUUACCGCCGCCGCACGGAGGAAGCAGCCCAGAAACUCCGGCCGGGAAGAUGGAAGAUAGUGCCCCAAAGCAUAUUAUCCAGAUGACAGGAUUUAAGAUGGAAGAAAAAGAAGCUCUAGGCAAAUUGCUUUUAAAACUAGAUUGCACUUUUAUCAAGAGUGAGAAAUACAAAAAUUGUACACAUCUAAUAGCUGAACGGCUGUGUAAGAGUGAGAAAUUUUUAGCAGCUUGUGCAGCAGGAAAGUGGGUACUAACUAAGGACUACAUAAUUCAUAGUGCCAAAAGUGGCAGAUGGCUUGAUGAAACAACUUACGAAUGGGGAUAUAAAAUUGAAAAAGACUCGCAUUAUUCACCUCAAAUGCAGUCUGCACCUAAAAGAUGGCGUGAAGAACUGAAACGCACUGGUGCUCCCGGAGCCUUCCAUAGAUGGAAAGUUGUCCUCCUUGUUAGAGCUGAUAAGCGAAGUGAUUCUCUAGUAAGAGUUUUGGAGGCUGGAAAAGCAAAUGUUAUUUUACCAGAAAAUUCACCAAGUGGAAUAACUCAUGUGAUCGCCAGUAAUGCGAGAAUCAAGGCUGAACAAGAAAAAGAUAAUUUUAAGGCUCCGUUUUAUCCAAUUCAGUAUCUAGGAGAUUUUCUUUUAGAGAAAGAAAUUCAGAAUGAUGAAGAUUCCCAAACCAAUUCUGUUUGGAAUAACCAUAGCAAUCAAGAAAAAAACAAAGAUUUCUGGAAAGAUAUGGGAUUUCUUGAAAUGAAAGAUGCCUUAAAAGAGACCAUGUGCAGAACCCAGAAAGAAAUGAAAAAUCAUGAUGAAGAUGUUAAUAUUACUUCUAUUUUGACUGAACAUCACAGAAAAGAAAAGUUCAGAGAUUGUAGUAAAGAUUUGAAAUUUGUUAAAAUGAGAAAUGCCAUAGCAAGGCACCCAUAUGGAAAUCAGAAGGAAAUUAAGAAAAAGGAUGAAGAUAUUCAAAGGAGUUAUACUUUAAGGAAAAAACGCAAAAAAGAGAAAGAAAGAGAUUCCAGGAAGGAGAUUGAACAUGACAAAAGUACCUUAAGAAAGCACAUUUAUAGAGAUCAGGAAGAAAUGAAGAAUUCUGUUUUUGCUGAUCAUGCCAAAGAAUCAAAAACCAAGGAUAUCAGGACAGAUGUGGAUAUUGUUGACAUAAAAAAUGCCUUAAGGAAACACAUAUAUAGAGCUCAGGCUGUAAGAUACAACUCGAUUAGAAUAGAUAAACAACCAGUAUACAAUGUUGAGGUUAAAAAUGCAGAAUUUCCCCGAGGUGUAUUAAAUUUAAUUGAAAGCCUUAUAGAAGGACAGUUUUUUAAAGAAGCAAUUGAGGAAAUUUCCUCUUUGCAAGCAGAUUAUAUCCCUCCUGUUUGCCUUCUUCAUGCUCUUCUGGAGAACAUUCUACAGGAUAACAUAGAUACGUUUUCUGGUCGAUACUUUCAUAUAUUGUCAGCUCUUCUUCACCUUCACCCUCCUUGGAAGUCCCCAGCCAUGUCAAGAUACUACUUAGAGUUGUUUCAGUGUCCAACUUGUAUGAAAGGAGCAUGGUCUCUUAUAGAAGUCCUUAUCAGGUCUUGCCUUUUCAAUGAAAGUUUUUGUCAUCAAAUUUCAGAAAAUAUUAAUGGCUCUAAGGUGCUCCACCUGACACUGCUCAAAUUUUUCUUUAAUUUAGUUGAAAGUGAAGUUCGACAUCUGAGUCAAAAGUUGUAUGACUGGUCAGAUUCUCAGAGUCUGAAAAUAACAGGAAAGGCAAUUCUUCUUGAAAUCUUUUGGUCAGGAAGCGAAACAUCUGGGCUUUUGACCAAACCAGUAAAUAUGCUUUUGGAGUGGACUAUAUAUUCUCACAAGGAAAAAUGCAAGUCUAAUGAUGUCUUCAAACAUGAACUAGCUUACUUACUGACUGGAAUUCUUGGAGCAGCAGUAGAUUAUUGGAUUGUCCUUGGUCUUAAGAUGGGUAGAAACGUGAUGCGACACAUGUCUGAUGACUUAGGAAGUUAUGUUUCCCUUUCAUGUGAUGACUUUUCUUCACAGGAAUUAGAGAUUUUUAUUUGUUCCUUUUCCUCUUCGUGGCUUCAAAUGUUUGUUGCAGAGGCAGUCUUUAAAAAGUUGUGUUUACAGAGUUCCAUUAAUAUUUCUUCUGAGCCACUCUCUCUUCAGAAAAUGGUAUGUUCCUAUUUGCCAGCUUUGGGGAAGACUGGUGUGCAUGGGACUGGAAAGUUGCAGAUACCAAAGAAAAUAGGACAGCGGCCUUGCUUUGAAUCUCAGAGGGCCUUAAUAAUGCUGAAUGGUGCUAAACAGAAACAAGUUGAAGGGCUGCCAGAGUUACCAGAGCUGAAUCUUGCUAAAUGCUCCUCAUCAUUAAAAAGAUUGAAAAAGAAGUCAGAAGGAGAAUUGUCGUGUUCCAAGGAGAAUUGCCCCUCUUUAGUUACAAAGAUAAAUUUUCACAAGACUAAUUUAAAAGGAGAAACAGCCCUCCAUAGAGCUUGCAUAAAUAACCAAGUGGAGAAAUUGAUUCUUCUUCUCUCUAUGCCAGGAAUAGACAUCAAUGUUAAAGACAAUGCUGGCUGGACGCCUUUGCAUGAAGCCUGUAACUAUGGCAACACAGUGUGUGUCCAGGAAAUUUUGCAACGUUGUCCAGAGGUAGAUCUGCUCACUCAAGUGGACGGGGUGACUCCUUUGCAUGAUGCACUGUCAAACGGACAUGUAGAAAUUGGCAAGCUGCUACUCCAGCAUGGGGGCCCAGUGCUUCUACAGCAGAGGAACUCUAAGGGGGAAUUGCCCUUGGAUUAUGUGGUAUCAUCUCAAAUCAAAGAAGAACUAUUUGCUGUCACAAAAAUAGAAGAUACAGUGGAGAACUUUCAUGCACAAGCAGAGAAACAUUUUUACCACCAGCAGCUUGAAUUUGGCUCAUUUUUACUUAGUAGGAUGUUGCUAAGUUUUUGUUCAAUUUUUGGUUUGUCUUCAGAGUUGUUCUUAGCUUUCAAAGGAUUAACUCAUCUAAAUGAGCUGCUUAUAGCUUGUCAGAAUUAUAAGGAAACCACUAGUGCUCAUACUGACUGGUUAUUGGAUCUUUAUGCUAAAAAUAUAAAGACAUUGCAGAAGCUCCCAAAUAUUCUUAAGGAACUGCCUGAGAAUUUAAAAGCGUAUCCUGGAGUACACACUGAGGCCUUAUUGGUGACAUUGGAAAUGAUGUGUCGGUCGGUCACAGAGUUUUCAUGAUGAUGCCAAAAAAUAUGGGUCAACUUUCUAAACCUGCUCAGCUUGCUUUGUUAUUUAUUAUGGACUUUAUAGCUUAUUAACAAAUAUUCAUUUCAUUUAUUUAUUGACAGAAUUUGCAGCCUUGCUAAAUCUUCAAAGCACUUAAAGAGCGUAUGCAAAACUAUAGUAUAGGCUUCUUUUUCCAAUGUGUAGAAUUUAACUCAAAAGUAAAAAAUAGUUUUGUUUGGUAUAUAUUGCUUUUAUUAAUCCUUAUUAUUUUUUGUUCUAAAAGUGAUAUUUAUUUAUAUUGUACAUGUAAAAAUUUUUAGUUUAAGUAUUUUUUGAAAUCAAAAUGUAAUGUCCUCUAUUCUAGGUGUUCUGAGUCUUAGAAUCAUGGUGAGAAUAUUCAUGCAAAUGUGCACCUAUAAACCUGUGGCUCCCUGUUUCUUCUCUGUAGGCUGUUGGAAUAAAAUAGUCAUUUUAGUUUUACAUGUUUCUAAAAUAAACAUUUCAGAAUUCACAAUAAUAUAUUCUUUUGGUUUUUAAAUGUAGUAAAUAUGCAGAGUUUGAUCAUUUGAUGCCUUGAUUUAUUUUAUUUCAGCAGUUCCUAUACAAAGUGUA